AUGCGAUACCCUCUCGCCACCCUAUUCGCGGCGCUGAUCUCAGCCUCCCUCGCGCAUGCCGCGACCCCCGGCCAGACGGCCUGCUCGCAAAUCCAGGGCUCCCUUGGGCAAGGUAAAGUGGCCAAUCCGAACCUUCUCAACUUCCAAUACCAGCAAAGUAAGAACGGCUAUUGGAACACCCGACUGAAUGCCAACAAUCCCGCGUGCGCCGUCUAUCCUUCUUCCGCAAGCGAUGUCAGCACGUCGCUCAAGGCCAUCAAGGCUGCGGGCAGUCGAUUCGCAAUCAAGGCGGGUGGGCACAAUCCCAAUGCCAACUUCUCCUCCACCAACAAUGGCGUUCUACUCGAUAUGAGCAAGAUGACGGACAAGAGCUAUGAUCCUGCAAAGGGAACUUGCACCUAUCAGCCUGGCAACAAGUUUGGCGACUUGUACGAGUUUUAUGAACAGUUCGGCGUGACGAUCACGGGCGCUCGCCUGAGCGGCGUCGGUUCCGGCCUCGGCCUCGGCGGCGGCCUCAGCUACCUGUCCGGAGAGUACGGCCUCAGUGUGGACGGCUUCCAGUCGCUCGAGGUCGUCUUGCCUUCCGGUGAGAUCGUGACGGCGUCCAAGACCUCGUACCCGGACCUCUUCUUUGCUAUGCGCGGUGGAGGUGGCAAUGCGUACGGCGUCGUGACGUCUUACACGGUGACGGCUAGGAAGGUGGGCAAGUUCCACUCCGGUCUGCUUGUCUACGCCCUCAACGAGACGAAUCGCGUGCUCGAAGCCGUGCACGACUUUACGCGCUACAACACCAAUCCCAAGGCCAACCUGAUCGCCACCUGGGAGAAGAUCCCUCUCCCCGAUCUGAACAUUAACCUCGACGAAAUCUUCAUCCUCUUUGCCGUCUACGACGGCGAGGACCCAGGAAACUCGUACAAGAACUUCACCGACAUCCCGCACAUCCUCGACACGCGACAGGUGCGCUCCUACGUCUCUACGACGCGCGACUUGGCCACGCCCUUUGCGACGGACAUUUCCAAGGGGAGCAACACCUUCCGAGUGUCCGUUCAUGCGAUCGAUGACGACACGUACAAACAGGCGUAUGACCAAUGGAGGGCUUGGGCGCAGAGGCCUGAGAUCAAGUCGAAGUACAUGUUGACCUCGCUGGACUUCCAGCCGGUGCUGCGAUCGCUCACUGACGCGAGCAAGUCGCAAGGCGGCAACGCUAUGGACAUGCCGGAUGGGCCCUGGUUCUGGCUCAAUUACUUACUCACAACGCCGCCGACCCUCUCUGCCUCUGACUACAACGAGAUCCAAGAGUCAUUCAAGGAGAUGGUCAACGUCGUGCCCGCAGCGAAGAAUCUUCCGCUCUUCAUCAACGAUGCAGCGUACGACCAAAACCCGCUACCGACCUUCUCGACGUACCAGAGGCUGAAGAGCAUCAAGGCCAAGUACGAUCCGGAUGGAUUCUUCUCGUCCAAGACGGGUGGGUGGGCCUUCCCAUAGUCGCUC